AAGGUGGGCCAUAUCAUAAAGAUCAUCUAGGGCGAAAAACAGAACGGCCCACUCAUCAGGAGGACUACGCCAAUGAAAUCAACGGACAGCCGAUGAUCUGCCUCAAUGUAUACGUAUGGUCCACCUCCUGAGUGGAUCCGUUCCAUUUUCGCCCCGGAUGAUCUGUACGGUGCAGCCACCUUUUUGCACAGAUCGGAUGUUCCACACGAGUGACAUUUGCCAGGAAAAAAGGAGAGCGUUUGCAUGUGAAAAAGUCUCUUGAUAAUACAUGAAACACACCAUAUGCAACUAAAAACCACCACAAAAGCUGUAUUUCCCUCCAAAAAUUCAAACGACUCAAUGCAGCCAACCACACAAACCAAAGAAUCCUAGCCGUCCACUACAAGGCCCACUCAUAUCCUCAUGUGGGUCCCACCCAAAUAUGAAAUACAAUAGCUAAACCAUGCUUCUCCAUCAAACAACAAGAAGCAACCAAACACCACCAUAUAACAUGCAUUCGAGGGCAAGCUUCUCCAAAUCCAUUCAAAGACAUUUCCCUCCAAAAUCCAAACCGCCUCCUGCAAGCUCUCACCCCAAGUACACAAACCAAAGCAUCCCAGCUGCCCAUUACGCGACCCACCCAUAUCUUCAUGUGGGUCCCACCCAAAUCUCCCCCAAAACCAACUGCCACAACAUCAUGGCCCUGCUCUUGAGAUCAUCCACCCAUCUGCAUGAAGCUAGGAAAAUCCAUGGGCUUUUGCUAGUCAAUGGCCUUUUCAAUUCAAACAGCAAUGUAGAGCUGGCAUCACACCUUCUGAAUGUUUAUCUGAGCUUUGAUAGCCUCCAAGAAGCUCUCAUUGUGUUUAACCACCUUCCUGAAAAGAACGUUUUCACCUGGAAUUCGAUUCUUAGAGGUUUUGUCAAUGCCGGCCAGUUUGCGAGAACGAUUGAAUUCUAUCAUUUGAUGAUCGCGGAAGGUCUGACGCCUGAUAAUUUCACCUACCCACUUGUUCUAAAGGCUUGUUCCAAACUGUCCGAUCUUGAACAAGGGAAGAAGAUCAGGGAGAUGAUCCGCCGCGGAGCAAAACCCAACAUUUUUGUGGAGUGCGCCAUGAUAGAUAUGUUUGCCAAAUGCGGCAAUUUGAAUGAGGCGUGGUGUGUGUUCGAUGGAAUGUCUCAGAGAGAUUUGGUCUCGUGGACUGCAAUGAUUUGUGGGACUGUGCAGAGUGGGGACUGGUCCGAGGCACUGGGGCUGUUUACAAGGAUGAGAUUAGAAGGACUGAGCCCUGAUUCGGUGAUUGUAGCCACAGUUCUUCCAGCCAGUGGUAGGCUGGAAUCUCUGCAGCUAGGGAUGGCAUUGCAUGGGUUCUCCAUAACUUGCGGAAUUGAGAGUGAUUUGUGUGUUUCAAAUGCUUUGAUUGAUAUGUACUGUAAAUGUGGCAAUACCAAUGAAGCUUGUCAUCUGUUUCGUUACAUGGAAUCCAAGGAUGUAAUCUCUUGGAGUAGCUUGAUUGCGGGCCAUUCGCAGAAUUGUGAGUACGACAAAUGUUUGGAUGUGUAUUUUGCGAUGAAGGGAUCAGCUGUGAGACCCAGUUCAGUUACGAUUGCGAGCAUUCUUCCUGCAUUCGCUAACCAGAAACAGCUGAAACAAGGAAAGGAGAUUCACUGCUUUGUCAUAAGAAAUGGGUUAGAGUUUGAUGCAUUCAUCUCGAGCGCCUUGAUAGAUAUGUACACCAAAUGCGGGUCCAUGAGAGAAGCAGAGUUAGUCUUUGAAAUCACAUCAGACAGGGACAUUGCGGUAUGGAAUUCAAUGAUAGCAGGGUAUGCUCUCAAUGGGGACACUGAAUUAGCCUUUGGGGCAUUGCGUAGAAUCCGAGAAUCAAAAUUUAGACCCAAUUCGAUAACCAUCAUGAGCGUUGUUCCGAUCUGCACUCGCUUGGGGAUGCUGCGACAGGGAGGGGAAAUCCACAGUUACGCAGUUAGAAAUGGUCUUGGGUCGAUAGUUUCCGUCAUGAAUCCGCUUAUAGACAUGUACUGCAAACGUGGGUACCUGAAGUUUGGAAUAAAUGUUUUUGAACAGAUGAUUGAAAAGGAUGUCGUGACGUAUAACACCAUCAUCGCUGCACUGGGGAUGCAUGGUAAUGCAGCUCAGGCAUUUUCGUACUUCAGUCAAAUGGAGAAAGAGAGAAUCAAGCCAAAUAAAGUCACCUUCAUCGCCCUCUUAUCAGCUUGUAGUCAUUCCGGUCUGAUUGACAGAGGCUGGUCAUUCUAUAAUUCCAUGAUUCAAGACUAUGGUAUUACGCCGGAGAUGGAACAUUACGCAUGCAUGGUGGACCUUCUUGGUAGAUCUGGAUGCCUUGACGAGGCAUGGGAAUUUAUAAAGAGAAUGCCAUUCGAGCCGAACAUUGAUGUUUUGGGAAGCCUACUUGGGGCUUGUAGAGUCCACAAAAGAAUUGAACUCGCUGAGCUUGUUGGGAAGAGGAUUUUUGAUAAGAAUCCAGAAGAUCCAGGGUAUUAUGUCCUUUUAUCCAACACAUAUGCUGCUGCAGGGAGAUGGGCGGACGCAUUGAAGGUCAGAACAAUGAUAAAAGAGAGGGGAUUGAUAAAGAAGCCUGGGAACAGUUGGAUUCAGGUGGGAUGUUCUGUGCACUUCUUUCUUGCAAGAGACAGAUUACAUCCGGAAUUCAACGAAAUACAGGAAAUUCUAGAGAGCUUGCUUUUGGAGAUGAAGGAUGAAGGGUAUAUCCCCAAUGUAAGCUUUUCCUUAGAUGAUCUACCAGGCGAUCACAACGACUGAAAAAAGGGACCGUAUGCAUUGAGUAUAAGUUCAUUGAUUAAGUGAACUGAUCACCUACAACCGGGUUGCCUUUUGAAUUUUUAUUACCAAUUUUUCCCUUGCGAAAAUUGGAUUCUGACGGGAAUAAUGCUUGUAAAAUCAGUCAAAUGUUAAGUUAGCCUAUGACUGGUGAUUGGCGA